AUGUGGAGACUUCAACCUAUCCCCUUCAAAUACCGUGACGAGCGGGAGGAGCUGCUGCGGCAACAGUGGGUGGAACACCGGCAGCGGUUCAAGUCGGGAGCGAAGCGCUCCACCCUGCGGGGGGUAAUCAAGAGCUCCUACCUCACCGAGCUGAGUGACAGAGGCGGCGGCGGCGGCGGCGCCGGUGAUGCUGUCUCCGCGCCCGGCUUGCGGGAGUCGUCUUCAUCUCUCGUCUCACACGUUAUCCCCGACGUCGAUGAUAUCGAUGAUGACAGCAGCUGGGAAGACGUGCGCGUUGCUGCUACCGCUGCCGCCGCCGCUGAACUUCCCCCACCCCCGAGGGAAACGGUUUGCGUUUUGACCACGCCCGGGCCGACGCGUGUCACCAUCGUGGGAGACAGGGGAGGCGGCAGGAGCCACGGCGGCACUAGCGCCAAAGUUGGUGGUGCUCGUGAAGGCGGCGGCAGCGGCGGCAGGAAACGGCUCGCUGUGCUAACGAUGCACGCCGCGGGGCACAACCAUCGGACGUGCCUCGGUGGCCUUGAGCGGGAGGUAGCGAAGGACGAGGAACUUGGCGCCGGGGGCGUAGUGUUUUUUCAUGUGGACACGCCCGGGCACGAGGAGGAGCAGGCGAAAGAUGUCGAGGCCAAGGCGCUAUCGCUAGAGGCGCAGGCAACCCAGCUGCUUGAGGUAACCAUCCAGCUUGGCCUGGAAUGGUUCGUCGGUCUCGGCGUAGGGGCCGGAGCCAACGUUCUCCUGAGAUUUGCCUGCGAUAACCCGGGCAAAGUGGCCGGUCUUAUCCUAGCCAACGCAUCCGCCGAGGCCGCUGGCCGACGCGAGCGUAACACGUGGUUGUCCCCUCGGUUCAGGCUAUCGUGGGAGAGCGACAUGAGGGCGGCGAGGGAAGCCCUAGUGCCUCUCAGCUUCCCGCCGCAUUCUUCUCUGGGAAAUCGAUAUCGCGCCGGCCUGGGAACCAUGCACUCUGGCAACGUCCUUAAGUACAUAGAUGCGUCGCUAUGUCGGGACGAUAUCCCUGUCUCGAGACUACAGGCCCUAAACGACGUGUGGACACUUCUGAUCUGCGGGAGAGAAUCAACCGGAGCUUCGUCUGUGGGUGGCUACCUCACCAACAUGGUGGCGGGAGUCGACUCCGAAGAGGCGUCCCGAUCCCUCCUAGACAAGCUCCGCCGCGCCGCUGGGGGCGAAGCGUCCAAGGCGACCCUGGUGACGUUGGACGGAGGCGGCAGCGGGGGAGGGAUUGUCGAGGCGAAGCCCCGGGAGGUCUUGUCGGCCAUGAAGCUGUUCUUGAACAAGUGCCUCUGAGAUGGCUAAUAAAUGCCUCUGAGAUGGCGAACAAAUGCCUCUGAGAUGGCUGCUGCUGUUGUUACUGUUGUGUGAUUGUUGUUGUCGUGAUUCGCCCCCCGGGAGCGCUCGUUCUCUGUUGGGGUAGCGUGCGCGUUUUUGCUUUCUUUGCUAGCAUCGACCGCGCUAACCGGCGGAACAAUGAUAAACACAUGCGUUGUGUGUUAACAGUUAGUUAUGCCCUGUUAUGGGGUGUAGGGAGUGAGAAGAGCUUGGCUCGGGCCGGCGUUAAGGGCUAGACUUGCUGGACACCGUGCUGUGUACAGAAGUACCAUAUUGUAUGAGGCGGUGAGAUGGUACCCUCCGUAGACCGAGUUUCAAAGCUGGAGUGCUCGACAACCAAGUGGGUGCGGAAACAUCCCGAUAGGUCUACGGAAAGAUCUCGACGAGAUGCUCCCAUAACCACCAUUUUUGAUGUUGGAGCAAGCUUGCUUGGUUGUGGAGCAAUCGAGCAUUGAACAUCGGUCUAGGGGGGGUGCUAUCUGUCCGCCUCUCACGGUACUCAUGCGUGCUGUUUUCAUCAGCACAUUUUCUUCAGAGAUACUUUUGACGGGGCAGUUAGCCGCAGGGCCUCUGCAAAGAUUUUGCCGCCCGAGGGGUGCGCACGCGAAACCCUCGGCUAGGCCGGCUGCUGUUCCUGAGGCCGGGCUUCAAGAACGAAUGUCUUGGCUGUAGAAAAUGAAGAAAAUGAUGGCUUCCAUCAAACUCUGAUUCCUUAUUCUGGAUGUUUUCGGGUCAAAAUUUUUCUAAUGGUGGUAUUUUUUCCGUUUGGAGAGGUUUACGGUUACAGACUACCGACUCGUAAGAAACACCAAUCUUGAGCAAGGCUCAUACAACGAUUGAGCAAGAAGGUAUGCGUUUCUAUUAAAUACUUCUAACAGGGAUUAGUGCGGUGCCGUUGGCUGGCCCCAUUUUUUUGCCGUGUUUCAUUUGUAAAUCUGAGCCUCGACUUCUUGUGUGAUGUUUCCUUUGAUGGGGCUGGCACUCACUGCUGUAUGGCUAGCUGUGGUGAGUUUUUGUUAUUUUUGCUUGGAAAAAAAUAUUUUGGGGACGUGUUAGUAUUUUCUAUCGUUUCUCCACGACAACCCCCUGCCUUUGAAAUCAUCAGCAUCUCCGAGUGUUUUGGGAUCUUGUUCGAUCGGUGUUAUUGUGAUUCGACGUUUGCGUAGUCGUGCCAAUGUUUCGAGAAGAAACGAGGGGGCAUGAUUAUUUUUAAUCGUUCCGAAGGUUGGGUGGUGUAUUCGUUGAUCAGCUCGACCGCUUCCCGAUGCAAUAUUGUUGUAUAGCGAGAAGAGAAACAGAGAGGGAGAUAUGUAUAGAGAGAACGGGGGAAGUUUUGGGAUAUGGCAUCAGGUACUAUUGUACAUGGUGAGGCCAACCUGGAAAUCCACGCAGCAAAUCGAAAGAUGGUGUUCGUUGGUUCGCCACAGACUUGACGUUACAACCUCUGGAUCGUUGACUGCGUUAGUUGAAGACAUCGAUAUUUUUGUUUCACUCGUCUGCGGUGUCAAACAUUGUCUUCGAGUGAACGCAUUUUUGAGAUUUUGGCUCCGGUGUAUGUAUGCGCAUGUGUUUCCCCCACCCACUGCCGGCUGCGGGGGGGGCCGUCGAUCAAUGCUCUUUUUGUUGUCCUGUCUUGGCGUGAUUGUAGACUACAUGACUGUGGGCAACAUUUUUUGUUUCACUUGACCCGAUUCCGUGUAGAGCGCCGGGUGCCAGGAUGGUCUACCGCGUUAGGCAAGUUUCAUUUGCACCCGAAAAAUUGGAUGCGGACACCUACAUCCCGCAGCCUGUUCUUGUUUGCAAGCGAGAUUAUUGCUGAUGAGCCUUUUUGGUGUCGUCGUGCAUGACGAGUGAGUGUACAGAGCCUCUCUCUUUGACUCGGAAGGCGAGGGCCAGAAACUUUCAGAACAAGUUCCGUGUUCAUGUUACUACUGUACCCUUCCUUUUGCACCUGAAGCUACUACCGUCGUGAGUAUGCGUGUGAACGUAGUUUUGUUGGCUCGUAUGUCUGGUGUAGAAGGCAACGAGCUUGCGUAGCGUCUGACUCCACGUAAUAGUAGGUUGUUGCUACGGCAUACGGUGUAGUUCUAUCGUCAAUGGUCUAUUUUUAUUUUUCCAUCUGCGCUUGUAGUAGUCGAUGCCCUGCGGCUGGUGGAAAAACACUUGGAUUACAACAAGUACCGGACCUGUGAUGGGUCAUUC